CAGCCCAUGGGCACCUCUUUGUUCCAAUGCUGAGACGUGGCUAGCUCUGUUCUAGGUCCUGAUCCCCAGGCUUGUGGGCAACAGGCUAGCAUACCAAGAAACAGGAGUCUCUGGUCCCUGAAGGCACUCCAGGCCCCUGGGUCACAAGCUUCGCAUGACCCUCUGACUGGGGUCAAGCAUGUCUGGUGCUUGCCAAGCCUCUGAUUUCUCCCAGCCCUCAUCUGGACGCUUCUCAAGCCAAACCAGGCUCCGGACCACUGGUUGGGCAACCCGUGACCUCAGACUGGGUCAGACCUAUCAGGGAUCCUGGUAGCUCAUGUCCAGAGAAAGCGACUCUCUGAGAUCCAGCCCUUCUGUGGCCUCGCUCUCCGAAAAUGAGCUGCCGCCGCCUGAGCCUCCCGGCUAUGUGUGCUCGCUGACGGAAGAACUGGUCACCAAAGCCCGAGAAGAACUGCAGGAGAAGCCAGAAUGGCGACUUCGGGACGUGCAGGCCCUGCGUGACAUGGUGCGGAAGGAGUACCCGAACCUUAGCACGUCCCUUGACGACGCCUUCCUGCUGCGCUUCCUCCGAGCCCGCAAGUUUGAUUACGACCGGGCCCUGCAGCUCCUAGUCAACUACCACAGCUGCAGGAGGAGCUGGCCUGAAGUCUUCAAUAACCUGAGGCCAUCAGCCUUAAAAGAUGUCCUCGCUUCCGGAUUCCUCACCGUGCUGCCUCACACUGACCCCAGGGGCUGCCACGUCCUCUGCCUCCGCCCAGACAGAUGGAUACCAAGCAACUAUCCAAUUACUGAAAACAUCCGAGCCAUAUACUUGACAUUAGAAAAACUCAUUCAGUCUGAAGAAACCCAAGUGAAUGGAAUUGUAAUUCUUGCAGACUACAAAGGAGUGAGCUUAUCAAAGGCAUCUCAUUUUGGCCCUUUUAUAGCCAAGAAGGUGAUUGGCAUCCUCCAGGAUGGUUUCCCCAUUCGGAUAAAAGCAGUGCAUGUAGUGAAUGAACCUCGAAUAUUUAAAGGCAUUUUUGCCAUCAUAAAACCAUUUCUGAAGGAGAAAAUAGCAAACAGAUUCUUCCUCCAUGGGUCUGACUUGAACUCUCUCCACACAAACCUUCCAAGAAGCAUUCUCCCCAAAGAGUAUGGGGGCACAGCUGGAGAGCUGGACACUGCCACCUGGAAUGCAGUACUGCUGGCCUCAGAAGAUGACUUUGUCAAAGAGUUCUGCCAGCCUGCUCCUGCCUGCGACAGCAUCCUGGGCCAGGCGCUGCUGCCUGAGGGACUGACCUCAGAUGCACAGUGUGAUGACUCCAUGCGAGCUGUUAAAUCACAGCUGUAUUCCUGUUACUAGGUAGUCCCCUGUGUCACCAUCUUUAAGUCCUUUUUUCUUUGGAGAGGCACAAGGAGAACUUAAGGUGCCAAGGAUUCGGUCUUGUGCCUUGUAAUUAAACUGCAGCAUGGAGGAACAGCCCUCGAGAUUUGAAGGUUAGCCAGUCAUGGGUUACUUGAAUUAUUCCAUAGAAGACAUGGAAAAUGUCCCCAGUGAUUUCCAAACAUUUGGAAUCCCAGUUUGUAACUAUUAAUCAGGAAGCUGAAUCUGGGUUCCUUAAAAAUCUGUUUUUAUGUAUCUUGGAAGCAGGAAAAAUCAGGAACAAAGUCACUUUGGUCCCAUUUUCAAGAAAACCACCUGAUUGGCCAGUCAGCUGUGCUCCUAUGAAACAUUUGGGCUAAGCCUGCAAGGUGGCCUAAUGUUGGCUUUGGGAGUUUGUCUUUUACGUAAACCCUGACCACCGACCUCUGUUACUCAUUAAGAAACUUCAUGUUUGAGGCCCCAGCUGCUAUUACUAGGUUUGGAAAGCACCUUAACUGGACAUCAGCACAGCAUCAGGACAUCAGCAGCACUUCCUGAUCAAAUUUGGAAGCCUGAGACUUCAAAGCACCUCUGGGGUUCAUUGGUUGAAUCUUGCAAUAGAAACUUAAGUUUUUCCAAACCCAGAAAGCCUUAGCCCUGGUUCUCAAUAGAAUCAUACAGGGUCUUAGAAGUAUAUGAUCUUACUCAAUCUAAAAUACUGGAUUCCAGGUGUAUGUAGCUAAAAGAAUUCAGCCUGGGAAUCAGAGACCUGGACCACAGGCAUGCAACUAUGGACAAAACCUCUGUGGGCCUCAGCUUUCUUGAAAAUAUAUAAAAUGAGGUGGGUGAGAUAACGUCUAGGUCCUGUCUGGCUGCUAAGGUUCUGGGAUUUGGUUUAGUUACUGAACGUUAGAUUUUCUGUCUGGAAAAAUGACUAUCUAGAUACAAGUAGUUGGAUUCCUGUUUUUGUAUGGUACACAUAGGCCUUUCCACGAAGAAUGUGUCACCAUUUGGCCUUGACUGCAAAGAAACUACUGUGUGUAUUCCUGGAACUCACUGAUACCAAUAUCCUUUGAGUAGUGAUGGUUAAACUUUUAAAAGGUGGCUUUUGUGAGGCCAGGUGAGAUGACCAUGAUCUUGAAUGAACCUUUCCAUCCCUGAGACUCUGGUAGUAUAUUAUAAACUUGACUAUAGUGGUUACAUUACUUGGGAUUCUGGUUUCUGGAUUGCUGGGUCACUUCUGGGUGAGGCCUCCGCCCUCCUAGACCCACGUGAGUUUCUCUCUCUGGCCUGGGUGGACCAGCCGGCUGAACAUCAUCUCUGCAUUUCGGCACUUUAGAUCUUCCCAGCCAAGAUUUCAGCCCUAGCCCAAGCAUCAAAUUAGGUGGUUCAUAUGAUGGCUAGCACCCUGUUUCCUUUGAUAUUUACUCUAUGUGAUUAUGGUGUUAAAUUGUGACAAGUACUACAUGUUGUACGUGUACCUUCUCCAUGCAUUUUUAGACUUAAGGAGGCAAGGCAGAUAGCUCAACUAGCAAGACAACAGUACUCUAAAAUUCAAGGCCAGUCUGUUGUUACUACGCUGUUCAUCCUUAUUGCACUUUUAGAAAUGGAGACACUGUUGGUAGAAAUUAAUUUACUUACCUCAUUGAGUAAGCCAAUUCUAGAGAAAGCUCUUUUCACCAUAGAUAAUAACCCUGGAUCCUCUAGGGUCCUCGCUGCUGAGCAGGAAGUGCCAAAAUGUGUAUCCCUCACUGCCUCUAGUUCCAUCUAAUGAUGUGACCAGCAUUGCUGAGAAGUCCUAGCAGGGCAAGUGGGAUGGCUAAAGUAGAGCAUUUAGGACCCAAAGGUCUGGAUGGGAGAACUGGUUAGAGAUCCCAAGAGGGAAGAGAGAGAAAAAACAAAUAAUAAACAAACUAGGCAAAGAGAA